AUGUAUAGCUUGCCAUAUGAAAAAGAUAUUUAAGAAAUUUUAGGGAGAGCUCUGCAAAUUUAAGAUUAAAUCAAGAGCUAACCCUCCUCUUAGGCUAAAAAAGUGAAGGAAAUCGAUGUUUUGCUACAAAAAGCGCAUAGUUACAUUUUGCAGUUCCAGCUUGAUUAGAAAUCUAUGCCACCUUCUUAAAAGAAAAAAGAUGCCCGAGUAAAACUCAGUGAAUAUAAUGCUAAGUAUCAUUAAAUUGAAGUAAAGUAGCAACAACUUAAGCUGCUAGUUAUGACUGAUGAUGAAGAUGAUGAUAGUGACGAUUGUGGAAUGUAAUUUGAUGAUAAGUUCAAAAAGAAUUGUGAAAUUUCAGAGGAUGAAGAGGAAUAAAGAAACUUAAUAAAGACACGUAAGAAGAAUAAAAAAAUACUCGAUAAAACAAAGAAUGAACUGGAUAAUUAGAAUUCAAUGCUUAGUGAUUCAAUAAAAAGUGGACUCUCAAGUCUUAAUCUGGCAAGAGGAGCAAUGCUAGCUUUAAGAGGUCAGAGGGACUAGAUAGUUAAUACAGUUGGAAUAGUGAGAGAAAUAGGCUUUGAUCUAAUGAGGAGUGAGAAAACUAUUAAGGAUAUAAAUAAAAGAAAGCUUAUCAAUAUAAUCAUUCUCUAUCUGAUCAUAUUCCUGCUAUUUGUAACUAUAAUCCUGGUAUUAUACUUCAAAGUUCAUUUCUGA